AUGGGUUCCCACAAAGACUCUCUGCCAUCCGUUGGCGGUACCGUCGUCGAGUCUCCGGUAUGCGGCCGUGCCGGUGAAUUGCUGAGCAAUUGUUUCAGCAACUUUACGUCUCCGGUAGCGGUGGAGGCACUGCAGCGGGUUAAAAUUCCCGAUUCGCUGGAGGAAAUCAACCAACGCUGUAUGAUUUUCACUCGUGGUAUGGAAUGCGUCCGGCAGUACCUGAAGGUAUGCGUGAAUGCGAGGCAGCGGAAAAUCAUCGAAAACGAAGUGUACGGCGCUCAACAGUUGUAUCAGUACCUGUGCUACGAUCAUUCGUUUCAGAUAGAGUUCCUACGCCACAAGGGCUGCUUCAAUUUGAUGCACCCGGAGUGGGACGUUUGCUCGAAUCAGUUCAUCCAUAUCCUGAAGGACGAAAUGGCUCGCACAGGUCGACAAUCGAUGGACGUGCAGUACAUACAAUUCUGUUGUGCCAGGUAUUCUUACGAGAGUUGCGUUUACCGGAGUGCCCGGUUCAUCUGCAAGCCGGAGUCGGCUAUCUUCUUGCGCCGCAUCGCCAAGCUGCUCUCCACAGAUCGACACUUCCUGAACUGUGAUAGGAUUGAAAAUGCGCUUUGUUCCGGUGCAAAACCGAGCAUGAUGCACCCUGUCGGCGUAUCCGUCCUGUUCCUUAGCCUAACGGUUUUAUUUAUACUGGUCGUGUGGUGA